UUUCCGGGCUGUGCGGCUAUUUCAACGCUCGCGCCCCUGGCUCGUCUCAGUUUGGGUUCGCGCGCUCUCGGGUCUUCUUCCUCCCAGCCUCUCCUCGGAGCCCCCGCCGGCAUGGACCUGGGGUCUCGCCCGCUGCUUGCUGCCUUCCUGCUGCUUCUCUCUGUCGUCUGCACCGUGCGCUGCGACACACCUGCCAACUGCACCUAUCCUGACCUCCUGGGAACCUGGGUCUUCCAAGUGGGCCCCAGUGGUUCCCAGCGCGACGUCGACUGCUCAGUUAUGGGACCACCAGAAAAAAAAGUAGUGGUUCACCUUCAGAAGUUGGAUACAGCAUAUGAUGACCUUGGCAAUUCCGGCCAUUUCACCAUCAUUUACAACCAAGGCUUUGAGAUCGUAUUGAACGACUACAAGUGGUUUGCCUUUUUUAAGUAUAAGGAAGAGGGCAGGACGGUGACCAGUUAUUGCAACGAGACGAUGCCUGGGUGGGUGCAUGACGUGCUGGGCCGGAACUGGGCUUGCUUCACUGGAAGGAAGGUGGGAGCUGCCUCUGAAAAUGUGUAUGUGAACACAGCACGUCUUAAGAGUCCCCAGGAAAAGCUCUACAAAUAUAACCACAACUUUGUGAAAGCCAUCAAUGCCAUGCAGAAUUCUUGGACUGCAACUACAUACAUGGAAUAUGAGACUCUCACCCUGAGAGAGAUGAUUAGGAGAAGUGGUGGGCACGGUCAGCGAGUCCCAAGGCCCAAACCCGUAGCACUGACUGCUGAAAUACAGAAAAAAAUUUUGCAUUUGCCGACAUCCUGGGAUUGGAGAAAUGUUCAUGGUAUUAAUUAUGUUAGCCCUGUUCGAAACCAAGAAUCUUGUGGCAGCUGCUACUCAUUUGCUUCUGUGGGUAUGCUAGAAGCAAGAAUCCGUAUACUAACCAACAAUACUCAGACCCCAAUCUUGAGUCCUCAGGAGGUUGUAUCUUGCAGCCAGUAUGCCCAAGGCUGUGAAGGUGGCUUCCCGUACCUCAUCGCAGGAAAGUAUGCCCAAGAUUUUGGGCUGGUGGAAGAGGCCUGCUUCCCCUACAUAGGCACUGAUGCUCCGUGCAGAAUGAAGGAAGACUGCAGGCGUUACUACUCCUCCGAGUACCACUAUGUGGGAGGUUUCUAUGGGGGCUGCAAUGAAGCUCUGAUGAAGCUGGAGCUGGUCCAACAUGGGCCCAUGGCGGUUGCUUUUGAAGUCUAUGAUGACUUUCUCCACUACCGCAGGGGGAUCUACCACCACACUGGUCUGAGAGACCCCUUCAACCCCUUUGAGCUGACUAAUCACGCUGUCCUGCUUAUAGGCUAUGGCACCGAUUCAGCUACUGGGAUGAAAUACUGGACUGUUAAAAAUAGCUGGGGCACAGGUUGGGGCGAGGGUGGCUACUUCCGGAUCCGCAGAGGCACCGACGAGUGUGCCAUCGAGAGCAUAGCAGUGGCAGCCACACCGAUUCCUGUGCUGUAGGGUUUACCACCGGGUGAUUCUCACUGAUCACCUUUAAUCCCAAGAGGGGAUCGUUUAUUUACAGAUGGAAGACUUACACCUGCCAUUUCGGCUUACACUCUGAUGCUUAUGAAGAGUUUCUGAUAUUAGAAUUAAAACCACCCUUAAUUUUAAUACACUUUCCAUUGCUGGCCUACGUUUUUCUAAGUCCUCAAUUAAAUGAGAAUUUUAUGGGAGAUGGUAAGCUGUAAAGUACUGGAUUUUGUUUAAUCAUUUGUAAUUCAAACAGACAUUAUAUAUU